AUGUCUUCAUCGAGACUCCGCCAGGCCACACAUCUCAUCCUCGACUAUGACGGAACGCUCACCGUCAAAGACACCAUGGCUCUGCUGGGCAAACUGCCCGAAUCUCCAACAACUACGUGGGAGGAAAUCGCCGACGCCUACAUCCAAGACUGUGCUACGUUCAAGAAGCAGCCCUAUCCCUGGAACAAGUAUGACCGCCAAGAAUACAGCAACUGGCUUGCCUCUCGAAGGUGGUUGGAGGAGCGCAGUGCCACCCGAGUGCAAGAUGCUGCCUUCUUCCGUGGAGUUACUCAUCAACAUGUCAACGCGACCGUGGCGGAAUCGUGGGAGAAUGGCAGCCUGGAGCUGAGGAAUGGCUGGGAGAAGCUGAUGGAGCUCUUCCUUCCCGACUAUGAUGUAACAAAUGGCGCAUCUUCUCCCAGCCGUGUGAGUAUCCUCAGCGUCAACUGGAGCGAGACGGCCAUCCGACGUGCUAUAUGGCAAGCCGCCACCACUCUUCAUCAUCCUGAAAAGGACAAGCUGUGUCAUCUCAUCAAUGACAUGCUCAUUCAUGCCAAUGAGAUCGAGGGCUUGGGCUCGCCGUUGGGAAGUUCCGGUCGUGUCUGUCGCGGUCCGGAUCUUGACAUUCGUACCAGCCGUGACAAGCUGCGCCAUCUACCACCCUCCCAAGGAGCGCGUGGAAGUGAUGCACCUUACCUUGUCUAUGUUGGCGACUCCUCCACCGACUUUGACAGUCUGUGUGCUGCUGAUCUGGGAAUCUGGAUCUGUCCCGUAUCCGAGUCCGAGUAUGCGCAGGCGUUUGCAGAUGUCUUCAAACCGUUGGACUUCAUACCGCCUCCUUUGACGUCCUUCCAACACGCCGGUGGAAAAGACGCCUUGUUUUACUGGGCGCCUAACCUACAGACUGUGUAUGAUGCUCUCACCAUCGAAAUUACCGAGUGA